AUGUCGAUCGAUAGGCUGUUGUCCACCUUGCUGAGGUAUCUGCAAUCAACAUCGGAUCAACAUGACACUCGCCGACUACUCGGCACAGCAGCAUCUCUGUUGACAACACUAAACAAUCCCUUGAACAUCACUUUGCUCACCAGUCAGCUCUUAUCUGCACCCGCCUUGUGGUCUCGCCCAAAUGCCUUGACUUCUUCCUUGACCUUUAUGACCGUCUUCCACUCGGCUGCUAUCAAAUGCCAUCAACGUGAACUUGCCCAGCACGACAUUCAAGAAUCUCCUUCAUCAAUGCGACCACAUGUCGAAUCUCAUCUUCCCUUGAAUGACUGGAUUACAGCAGUGCUCAAGGGUGCCGACCAACAUUCUGCUCCCGACCACCACCUACUUGCUAUCGGAGGUUUGAUCGUUGGCCUGACCACACACGACAAUCAGUCCAUGUCAUCAAACAUUUCUUAUACUCUACGCUCAGCCUUUGUCAAGGCUGUCAAUCUGGCCCUGUUAGAAGCUCCUGCCGCUGAUGACGCCGCUCAUGGAGCCAUAUGUCUAGCUCUCAACCAUGCUUUCACUCACCUAUCACAUGUGGACCGCUCCACUCUUGACUACGACCGUCUUCUACCCGUACUCAUGACUUCGACAUUCCACUCGCCACACGGUCUGCGCUCUGGCUGUUUCCUGAGCGCAGCAGACGCCGAUCUCCAACAGGUCUCGACCCAGCAGUUCAACUGGCCCUCUGAAUCACCUUCGUAUCAACAGAUCGACUCUAUUAUCAAAGGUCCGCUGGUCUCAUCUCUUGGCCCUCUGUCAAGACUGAUAGCUCAUACUAUCCAUCAUGUGCACGAUCCAUGGCUUGUGCUAUCUGCUGUCGAGGACUUGUCAGACUUCUCGAAACGUCUGGGUACACAAUGGAAGCAGAACAAGCUGUCCGAGAUCGAUGCGUCCGAAGAGAAUGUCUUCCUCCAUGAAGAGGCCCGAACUAGCACUGUUCCAACCUUAUGGAGGCUUCUCCGCUCCACUUUAUUUGCCAUUGUCAUCAUCCUUCGUAGUGCAACCGGUCGCGUGGUAGGAGAUGUAGCUUUGGCAGCUCAUAACAAUGCACCUCAUAUGGCACAAGCCAUUCUUCACUCUCUUCGCAGUCUCUCGUUCGUCUUUAGCCGCCUGGGCAAUGUCUCGUUCUCACAAUAUACCUUCACCUACCUUGCUUCUAUCGAUAUCCUCUCCAACUACCCGGAUCACUCGUCAACCUUCCUCGAUUCUAUAGCCCCCUCAGAGCUGGGACAUAUUCCUUCUCACCCCUUCGAACGUAACCUAGACCUCUUCUUCCUCAACACGGCUGAGCACUUUGCUCUUGUUCUAUCCUCACGCCAGAACGAAGACCUUCUGCUUGCUGCAGCAUCACCAUAUCUCGUCACAGCAGGCAACUCCAAUCUCCUCCCAAUCUUCGAAGCCGCUCACAGCGUCACUUUAUCAGUCUUCUCUGCGCCUCAAAAUGUCGACCUCGCCGCAAAACACCUUCCAUUCUACGUCGACGCCUUGUUCCGCGUGUUCCCUCAUAACCUUUCCGCUCGCCAGUUCAGACUGGCCUUCAAAAAUCUCAUCAAGGUCGUCUCGCCACCCAGUCGCAUCGCCGUUACCCAGCCCAUACUUGCUGCUACACUUCUUGAUCUCGUACACGAACGUGCGAUACAUGCCCCAAACACUGCUCUACCGCCGACGUAUGUUCCUCUGUCAGCAAACACUCCAGAACUCGAAAGCAUUGCUCCGUCCGCUAUCCCUGACCUGUCCGAACAGGCAGUCCUGAUACUUACUCUUAUCGACUCCUUCCCAUGCCUGUCCUUGGUUCUGCUGGAGGAGUGGUUACCAAUGACUGCCACGGCGACGCAGAUGGUCACGGAUCCAGUCAUGCGUGAAUACUGCAGGAAGCAUUUCUGGGAAACUUUGAUUGGUGGCGAGAUGGACCCAGAGCGUAGUCAGAUAUGCGUGCGGUGGUGGACUUCGAGGGGAGGGCGUGAGUCGUUGCUUGAAGUCGAUGACUCAGAAAAUGAUGAGCUUGUCAUGAGCGGAGCAUUGGGAGAGCAUGAGAAGAUCAUGGCCAAACUGUGA